AGACAGUUUUACCUGUCUGUUCAGUGAGGUAUGUCGGUAGCAUGGCUGUUGGAGCAGGCGAGAUGAGGUGGAUUUGAGUUUCAUAUUUAUAUUUCUUGUGAUUAGAAGAUGUCUUCAAGUCAUAUUUGGAUCAUUUAUGUUAUUAUUUGUAAUCCGUAUAUGCUGACAUCUUCACAAGAAACAAGAGAAAACGGUGAAAACGUAACUGUCGAAAUCCCGGAUUAUAUUGAACAAUCAAAAGACUGCAUUUUUCCAUUGAAUUUUGAAUUAACUUUAAAAUUUCAAAAUGGAAGUAUUCUAUCAAUGGUCCUUACGAGGAACUUCAAUCUACGUGUGAACAGACCUUUAUACGUAAUAAGGAAGAGUGCCGAUGGAACUGCUAUGGUUAUUCAAGAUCAUCUUCAAGACAUACAGGAUGUAGAAUUCUACCAAAAUCUGGAGGCAGAAGCAUCUAUAGCGCUCAGAUGUAACAUGGAAACUGGAAUCAAAUCACUGGAAAUAACGGGUACAUACACAGAUGGGGACCUACAAUAUACUUUAUUAGCAGACGAAAUAGUAACAAAUCCUUCAGAAGCUUCAAAAAUCACAAGUAGAACUAUAUACCGUGUCACCCAAAGACCAAGGGACCUCCUCGUAUCCCAUGACUACAGACCUAUACCCAUUGACCCACCGACAGAUAUACUGCAAAACCAAAUGCUCGCGACAACUCGACAACCGAUGGAUGGGCGAUUCAGAAGAGAUGCCGGCCCGCGUCUGUACACCAUUGAUCUUUUGGUUGUUAUAGACUUUCAAAUAUAUCAGGAUUGGUUUAAAAGAGACUUAGGAUAUACUGACAGCGACAAGGAUCAAAAUGUCAAAAACAACUUACGACGUUACUUCUCACAUUUUGUCAAUGAGAUAGAUCUACGAUAUAAAGGGAUCAUCAGCGCGGAUCUGAAGUUUGCAAUUACUAUCGCAGGGUUCAUCGUGGUUGAUAAAAUGGACACAUAUCCCUGGAUCGAGCUCAGACGGGAGACAGCUAAACCUAGAGAUUACGUUAAUGCUGAUGACGCCCUCAAAGAUUUCAGGUUCUGGAUUAGAAACACGAAAGGCUUACCCGCACACGAUCACGCCAUGCUGUUUACAGGGGUCGAUCUUUACUCUUCGAAUGACAAUACGAAACUCCUACAUACUGCAGGUUUAGCCUUUAUUGGGUCAAUGUGUCGACCUAACGGUGACAGUGUUUCCGUUGUCGAAGACCACGGGGGAUUACAGAACAUCGGCACUGCCUCCCAUGAGCUUGGACAUAGUCUGGGCGCCCUUCACGAUGGAGAGGAUAAUAGCUGCACCUCCUCCAAUCGGUUCAUCAUGGCGUCAUCCGGAUACGGACCCAUCCCGCCCGACAAACGUCUCAACCAGUGGAAGUUCUCGUCAUGCACUGUAGACUACUUUCGGGAGUUUAUCAACAAUCUCACACGAAUUGGAUACACCUGUCUGUCAGACAGGUAUGAGGACAUAAGUGUAGCAGCCACAGAAGUGCCCGGACAGCUCUUCAAUCCUGAUGAACAAUGUCGGCUGAUCUGGGGCCCAACUUCAUACCUCUGUCGAGGCUAUGAAUUCGGCAACGCCAGUUCAAUAUGCACAGCGAUGUAUUGUAGAGACCCAGCUACCGACAGCGACUGCGUGCUACAUUUUGCGGCUAGAGGGACGUCGUGUGGGAAUAAAAAGUGGUGUUCGGCAGGGCAAUGUGUUUUAUCUCCACAUGCACCUGAAAACCAAGGUACCUGUCUCCUGGGCGAUCAACCUGGUAUUGCUUUUAUCUCGAAAACUUGUGACGAGCUAGUGAAUGAAGUACCUGCAUAUUGCUACCAGGAUAAGGUCAGAGCUCGCUGUUGUGGGUCAUGUGGCAAAUAUUACACGUGGAGGAAAGGCUGUGAGUAUGGAGAUCGUGUGAAGGGUUGCCAACCAUGGCAUUGUAGCAUGAUUGGUACUGAGAGUAACAUAGAGACCGACUGUUGUGGAACGUGUGAGGUGGGCGAGAAAAUAACAACAACUCCUACUCCAACAUUUACUGUCACGUCCGAUCGUAAGCCGGAGCCUACAACAAUACGAAAAUCAUGUAACGAUAAGGCGGACAUCAAUGACAAGUCUUGUGAGGAUUUCGUACACACCAAUGGCCGCCAUCUUUGUUAUGACAGCAUUAUCGAAUCGUUCUGUUGCCAUAGUUGUUUCAAGAUACGAAAUAAUGAAGAUUCAGAAUGUUUAUAUGGAGACAGACUUCCUUCGUUGUGCACAAAUUCUAAGAACCGUACUGUCGCCUGGUGUGAGUCUUAUAAAAGCGACUGUUGUGGGACGUGUAAGGAAAUAACGGCAGGUGCCCCAGCCCAACAGUGGAACAUAGGACUUACAGCGUUACUCAUAAGUCUCCUCAUCAUCAUUUGAUACUAAUUAGGGAGUACUUUAUCGGAGGAAUUCCAGAAACUUGUUAUCACUGUCAGAAGUAGUGAGUAACAAGGACAAAAAAGCAAAGUGGAAUUAACUAACACAGUCUGUGCUGGAGAUCUAGACUGUAGUUUGUCUGAGCCUCGCUGAGUUUAUCAAAGUCACAUUCACACAAAAGUUUGGAAUCGUUACCUCAUCUUUGUGUAAAAAUAGAAAUAGUGUUAUUGACUUGCUAAAACCAAAAUCUAGCCGACCUUAUUUUAAAACAAUACUGAAAGUUGAAAUUCUUGGUUGAUGUGCAUGAAUGUGAGUGGAUGUGUGCGUGCGUGCAUCAAUAUUGAUGUACAUUUAUGAAUAGCAAUGCGUUGUCCUCUCUACAAUACCUGAUGUAUUGUCACAACUAUGCUGGUCGAAGUAUUUGUCGACAUAGUUAUAAUAGUCGAUAUGUCUAAGCUGCUUUACCUCUAGCUAAAGUUCUGUGAUGUUUCACGACAAUCUGUAUCAGACCUGUUUCUGCUUCUCACACACUCGAAGACGUAGGUCAUUGGAGUAUAUUCCUUAGUUACAGAAAAAAGACAUUGGAAUGAGGUAUAUGACGGCACAUUUUACGUUAAACGUAGGUGCCCGAUUCUCAAAUAAUCAAAACCAUUAGAUCGCAGUUAACGCAUACAGAAACUUUUAUCUGAUGGUAAAAGAAGUAAUCUUAGAUACUACGUGUUUUAGUAUAACCUUCCAACACAAGUACGUAUAAUUUCUUGAUUUUAUCAUUUUUAAUUUUCCAUGGUUACUAACAAGUUUUAUAGACACAAAGCUAAGUUAUUGCUAACAGCAUGCCUUCCUGUUAUUUUAUAUUACACAACUAUGGUGUCCGAGUUCUACGAAGUCACUAAUUUAUUAGGUAUAUUUUUACACUAGGUGCUAAACUAAAGUUUUAAUAGAUUAAGUUUCAAAUCAAACUAUGACCUGUACACUUAAGUUAACAAUAUUAAUGACGAUGGCAACUUCACGAUUACCAUGCACACUAAGUUUAGCGAAUUUAUUUUAUGACAUGCGCAACUCACUUUUUACCCUGUGCGCCCUUCGGUUAGCGAGUUUUAUGAUACUUACAACUGAUCGAUUACCUGCACACUUGGGUAGGCGAUUUUUAUGAUAAUGGAAAAUGAACGAUGAUCAUUUAGACUUAAGUUAGCGAGUUUUAUGAUACUGGUAACUGACUGAUUACUCUACACCCUUAGGUAGGCGAUUUUUAUGAUAAUGGAAAAUGAACGAUCAUCCUGGAGACUUAACCUAGCGAGUUCCCUACACACUUGAAUUAUCGAUUUUAUGAUAUGCGCAACUAACUGAUUGCCCAGCACCCUUGGGUUAGCGAGUUUUAUGAUACUGGUAACUGACUGAUUACUCUAAACACUUGGGUAAGCGAGUUUUAUGAUACUGGAAAAUGAACGAUUAUCCUGUACACUUGGGUUAUCGAUUUUUAAGGUACGCACAUCUCACCGAUUAAUCUGCAACCUUGGAUUAAUGAUUGUUAUGAUACUGACAGCUGACCGAUUACCCUGCACACUUGGGUUAGCGAUUUUUAUAAUACUGACAACUGACCGAUUUCCCCGAUUUCCCUAUACACUUGAGUUAGCGAUUUGUUCUUUGAUACUGACAACUGACCGAUUACCCUGCACACUUGGGUUAGCGAUUUUAUAAUAUUGACAACUGGCCGUUUACCCUGCACACAUGGGUUAGCGAUUUUAUAAUAUUGACAACUGGCCGUUUACCCUGCACACAUGGGUUAGCGAUUUUAUAAUAUUGACAACUGGCCGUUUACCCUGCACACUUGGGUUAGCGAUUUUAUAAUAUUGACAACUGGCCGUUUACCCUGCACACAUGGGUUAGCGAUUUUAUAAUAUUGACAACUGGCCGUUUACCCUGCACACUUGGGUUAGCGAUUUUAUAAUAUUGACAACUGGUCGUUUACCCUGCAUACGAAAGUUAGCGAUAUUAGCAAUUAUGACAACUGACCGAUUACCCAACACACUAGCGGUAUUAUUAAUGCAAAAAGCAACAAAACGAAUACUUACUCGGUACACGAAUCAGUUGACAAUUUUUUUCGGGUACAUAAGGGUCAAGUUACGAUGUCAAGUAUGAGGUAUUAGUCGCACCAAGUCUGUAAAUAUAUAAACGGUUUAAUCAUCAUGUUGAAAUCAAACAAGAUUGGCGUAUUUUGUAAAUUCAAUCUUUAGAUAAAGAAAACAAUAAAUGCAAUUAAAUAGGUCAUUUUUUUAGCCCAGUACAGCUGAUUUCUAAUGACUGCUUGUCGUGCACCUUAGAUCUAACAGCCGAUAACUACCGUUCUGUUUAAUCACAUUCUAUUUUUUCAGAAGAUAAGCAUGCAUUAGAUUGUGCAAAAAAAAAUUGAUAUUACUGUUGUCUUAAGACAAAGUGUGUAUCUUAUAGAGAGAGAAUGAUUAACAAAUGAGUUUUAUUUUACCGUAAAAAAAAGUGCGGGAGAAAUAUUUGGAGUAAAUUGCUUAAUGAGAAGUAUAUGAGAUUUGUUAAUUGAAUAAAUUAAUAAAGAUUUA